UCACGCUACAACACAGAAAAAGAGCAUUUCACACUGACCCAUGGGAGUGAGUACGGGCUUGUAAAACGCAGCUUGAGCUGGUUUAGUAUUAUAUGAACGAAGUAUUAAACUUUUGCAUGCUUUAGCACUUUGUUUGGAUACUGGCUAAUGACCGAGUCCACUCCCGUUCCCCCGUCAGUAGUCCGUCUGGAGUGAUAAACAGGAAAUGGCGUCCGCCGGCUGCACCUGGUUUGUGGUGCUGGUGUGUGUGUUCGUGUGCAACCUCGUCAAAGCUCUGCUGCCCGGGCUGUCCUCGCUGCUGUCCAAAGUCCUUCAGAAAGAUGCUGAGCAGGAAAUGGAGAUGCGAAGUGAAAUCCAGAACAUGAGGGCGGAGCUUUCAUCCAUCAGCAUGAUGGACGAGUUCGCCAGAUACGCCAGGCUGGAGCGCAAGAUCAACAAGACCACUGACAAGCUGAAGACCCAUGUAAAAUCAAGGACCGCCCAGCAGGCUAAAAUAAAAUGGAUUGUCAACAUAGUUUUCUACCUUCUUCAAGGAGCUCUCAUGGUCUCCCUUAUUUGGAAGUAUUACCCAGUGCCAGUCACAGUGGUGCCCAGUAAGUGGAUCGCCCCACUGGAACGACUGGUUGCCUUCCCGUCAGGAGUGGCAGGUGGUGUUGGAAUAACAAGCUGGUUAGUGGUCUGCAACAAAGUUGUGGCCAUUGGCCUUCAUGCUGUUAGUUAAUUCACAUUUCCCAUCACUGUAAGUGUCCACUGGAGUUUACCUACAGAAUCAUUAAAACAUGUUGUAAACAUUUUUUGUUUUUGAUUACAAAUGUUUCCUGGUUGAAUUAGAUAACAGUUUGCCUCCAGCACCUUCCUUAAGUUGUUGUUUUCUGUUGUAAAACUCAGCUCAGAUAAGAGUGACGUCAUACAUGUGUAUCUGUUCCUGAUCAUUUUGAUUGGUUACGUUUUAUUGUGAUCUGAAAUGUGAAAUUUAAAUAAUUUUUGAAUUUGUAUUUAAACUGUAUUUAUUUUAUCAGUGUGUGCACACUUUAUAGUUUACUGACAUCAUUCCUGAACAAAUUGUGAAACAAAUAGCACUGGAUAAUAAAGGCCUGUUUAUUUGGUGAAUUGUGA